GCUGUGCAAGAUGUGCUUCGCGACCAGCUGCUGCCCCUGUGCCGGCCAAGUCCCAGGGAAGACGACCACUACCUGUCUGUGGAAGACAUCGCACGCACAACCAAGUUUUUUGCAUCAACCUUCCUGCAGCACUACAGGCUGUACAGCUUUGCCUUUGGCCAGAGCCAGAGGCAUACGCAGCUGAAAGCCAGCCUGGAGUUGGAGACCCCACUCAUCCAGAGCUUCGAUGAGGCCAUGAACGAGGGUGAGUGGCAGGCCUACAACGAUGCAGAGGCGGCAGCCAUCGAAGCGCGGGAGAAGGCUGCACGGGAGGAGGUCAGGGCACGCCAGGAGGCAGAGCGGGCAAAAAGGGAGCAGAGCGAGAAAGAAGAGGCUGAAAGGAAGAGGCAAGAGGAAUUGAAGAAGAAACCUCAGACGCUGGAGGAAGCCAUUGACCAUGUUGUCCUUGUGCGCUUGGAAGACGAAAAAACGAAGCUCUCGAAGGAAUAUGCUGACCGGGAGGCUGCCUUGUUGGAGAAAAUCAAGGACCUUGAGGACAAGAAGGCCGGGGCAUGA